UUUUGGGCUGUGUUGCUUCGCGGCGAGAACUAGAGGCUGGGCGCUGGGACGCGCAGCCCCCUACGGCAGGUCAGAAAAGGGAGCGGGUCCGCUCUGUCCGUCCGUCCUCGGGGCGUGGGGGUGCCGAGGGGACCCCAGCAGUAGCAGGGUCCUGAUUUGGCCGCGCUUGGCGGUCCCUUUACACCGCCUCUCUUCCCUACUCUCGUGCCGCCGUGCAGGGUGACGGGGCUGCUGGGGCAGGCUCAGCUGAGCCGCCACUGGCCUUUCCUUUCCUUUUCACGCUGCAGCUGCCGUGUCUCCGGCUCCCGGUGGGGGCGCGGGGGGAAUCCAGGUCACAUCCAGAGACAGCGACCGGCUCGAGGAGUGACACUGACUCAGGAGUUGGGCACCAGGCGGGGAAGGAGUGUGUGUUUGUGGGGGAGGGGGGAGAGAGAGUACGCCUUAAAACACGAUGACACGUUUUAUAAGCUAAGGAGUGAAAUAGCUGAGAAGGAAACCCUCAUCUCUGGGCCCUCAUGCUCCAGCUGGAUCCAUGUGGUUGGAAUCAGUGAGGUUCCUGCUGGCAUAAAGAUUUGCCCAUGUGGAGCCAGUUGUAGGAUCAGAGCUUUAGAUGCAAAGGUAUUGAAAAUGAAGUUCUAAUGAGGACUUUUAUGUAAAUCCAAAUGAAGACCUUUAUCUCUUGGAUGAUGACCUAGUUUUGUUCCAAGGAAGAGAGAGAGAGGGAGAGCAGUUCUUGUGAUAUUGGUGAAAAAGAAGAAUGAGAAUGAUUACUUAUCCAUAACUCCCAGCAGUAUGUCAGGAUACAUACCCAGUUACUUAGACAAGGACGAGCUAUGUGUAGUAUGUGGUGACAAAGCCACCGGGUAUCAUUAUCGCUGCAUCACUUGUGAAGGAUGCAAGGGAUUUUUUAGAAGAACCAUUCAGAAAAAUCUCCAUCCAACCUAUUCCUGUAAAUAUGAAGGAAAAUGUGUGAUAGACAAAGUAACAAGAAACCAGUGUCAAGAAUGUCGCUUCAAAAAAUGCAUCUAUGUUGGCAUGGCAACAGAUUUGGUGCUGGAUGACAGCAAGCGGUUAGCAAAAAGGAAACUGAUAGAAGAAAACCGAGAGAAGAGACGUCGGGAGGAGCUACAAAAAACAAUUGGGCACAGACCCGAGCCAACAGACGAGGAAUGGGAGCUGAUCAAAAUUGUCACUGAAGCACAUGUGGCCACCAAUGCACAAGGAAGUCACUGGAAACAAAAAAGGAAAUUUCUGCCAGAAGAUAUUGGGCAAGCACCAAUGGUUAAUGCCCCAGAAAGUGGGAAAGUGGAUUUAGAAGCCUUCAGCCAGUUUACAAAAAUUAUCACACCAGCAAUUACAAGAGUGGUGGAUUUUGCCAAAAAGUUGCCUAUGUUUUGUGAGCUGCCAUGUGAAGACCAGAUAAUCCUUUUGAAAGGUUGCUGUAUGGAGAUUAUGUCCCUCCGAGCAGCAGUGCGCUACGACCCCGAGAGUGAGACUUUAACACUAAAUGGGGAGAUGGCAGUGACAAGGGGUCAGCUGAAAAACGGGGGUCUCGGCGUAGUGUCUGAUGCCAUCUUCGACCUGGGCAUGUCGCUGUCCUCAUUUAACCUGGAUGACACGGAGGUCGCCCUGCUCCAGGCUGUGCUGCUCAUGUCAUCAGAUCGCCCAGGUCUCCUCAGUGUUGAGAGGAUAGAAAAAUGUCAAGAAGGUUUCCUCCUGGCCUUUGAACACUACAUUAAUUACAGAAAACAUCACGUUGCACACUUUUGGCCAAAACUGCUGAUGAAAGUGACAGAUCUACGAAUGAUUGGAGCCUGCCACGCCAGCCGCUUCCUGCACAUGAAGGUGGAAUGCCCCACGGAACUCUUUCCCCCUUUGUUCUUGGAAGUGUUUGAGGAUUAGAAAGACUGGAGUGGUUCUCAGAAUUCCUAUAGCACUACUGGCUGUCAUUUCAUUCCAUUGCCUAGCUCUUCUUCUGUUCUUUUUGUUUUGGUUUUUUGUUGUUGUUGUUUUUGUUUUGUAUAGACAUUGAUGAAAAUGUCCCUUUAAUGCGGGUACUUGUGACUAUUGCAUUUUGUCCUUCCGUCCCUUGAUGUGAAUGCUUUGACAGCUUAACAGUGAAAACACAAACAAACCAAUCUUGAUCACCAGCACUUAAGUGGUCACCAGCUCACAUCCAUCACUGCUUGGGGAAAUGGGGAGAUAAAAUUGAAGUGGCAGAAAAUAAACAGGCCUCCAAGGCAAAGCACUUUGCCCUGCCUUUUUCCCAGUAUUACCUCAUUUUGCAAGCCACAAGUGAGAUACGGUGUCUAGUUUUCCAUAGUCAUUCUAAGUGUAACCAUUAUCAUUGUUACCUAAGAAUACCAUCAUCACUGUGAUUGCAUCACAUCCUUGGGAUUAUGACAUGGAUCAUAAAUAUCUGUGUUCUCUACAAUCAAAUCUUUUUUCAAAUACACAAUGGGGAGGAGGGGUUGAUAUAUUUUUUUUCAUUUGUACAAAAUGAGGGCAAAAUCCUUCAGCCCUUGCUCAGUUAAAACUCUAGAUGACUUCAGUGGGAGGUCUACUGGAAUAAAGACUGAGGGCUUGAUCCUGUGAGGUGUUGAGCUCUUCCAACAGGUGCAGGGAGCCCUCAACUCAGGUUGACUUCAGGAGAGGAAAUGAAGGGGGAUGUCACAUCAACAUCCAAGUGGCACUGGAAGGGAUGGGCACUUGGCAAGUCUCGGUAUGCACUCAGCACUCUGCAGGAAUGGGUCUUUUAUCCUGGCUGCAGGAUUUGCCCAGGGUUACGCAAAGAUACAAAUGAUCACAGGGAGAAAAAAAUGAUUACGAUGAACUCCAAAUAGGAUAGAAACCUACCCUAUUACUAGUUAUGCUCCAGACUGUACAGCUUUAUCCCAGUAACAUGUAGAGUAUGUCUUGAGAGUAAUCUCUGAUAGAUAAAUACAUAGGAAAAUUCAGCAUCUGUCUUAAACAUAUUGCCGUCUUUUUGUACCUUUUUGUACGUGAAUUUUUAUUUUGAUUGGCUAGAUUCUCUCUCGAUUCCCUGAAAUCAAUUAUUUCUAUUGACUGCACUAGUAGGAGCUGAACUGAGCAACAACAGGAUGUCCUGCUGCUGAAAUCUGCCAGCCAGCGCUCCUGGCACUCAUUUGGGCCUUUUUCAAGGGCAUUAUGAGUAGAGAUUCCUCUGUUUCAUCCGUCCUCAGAAAAGAUUUAGUACAACCUCAGACUAUGUUUCAUGCUCUCUCUGUUGC